AUGACAGUUGGUAUGGCUUCAGCUGCCGAUAAGGGACAUGUCUUGGCUAGGAAUGGCGAGAAGACAGAAGAGGGUAAGCUAGACGAGAUAUUGCUUCGAGGCUUGCAGUCAUCAAGCGAUGAGCAGGCUGGCACAGGGAGUGCCAGUGGGAGUACCAGUACCAGUACCAGCGCUAAUAACUACACAGUGUCCAAGACUGGCGAUUCACAGAGGAAAGUGUCGGUAUCAGUACCGAGCGAUGAGACAGAGGGCAGCAGCAGCAGUAGCAGCAGUAGGCAGGCAGAUCUGUCGCUACAGGUACGCGAGCUGAUCAAUAACAAUUCGGAACUCGGGUCGCGACUGCUGUCGCUGCUGCUGGUGAGCAGCGACAACGCCAAGGACAUCAUUGAGGCCGUCAAUCGAGGCGAUAUUUCAAAGUUACGGGACCUCACUGAGGAAACUACUACUACUACUACUACUACUACUACUACAAAAAGUGAGACUGGGACUGAACCCACUGACAAGGUAGAGCCUCAGCCCAUCAAGAGCGAGACUCAGACUCAGCCCACCAAAGGUCCAGAAACAGCACCCCAGGAGUCUGCACCCAGUAGUGCCCGAAGCGUCAGCCCAGACAAUGUAGACGACCCGCUCUGGAAACAGCUCGAGAAACGUCGCAAGAACACAGAGGCUUCCGCCAGGUUCCGUAUCCGCAAGAAACAGCGCGAGAAAGAAAAGCUAGAGCAGCUUAAACAGCUUACAAAGGAUAUUAACGCAAUGUACGACACUAUCGACACCCUGAUCAGCGAAAAUAACUACUGGAAAGAGAAGCUCCAGGAAUUGAACGAAAUCAAGUCCCGAGAACUCCUAGACAAAAUCAAGAAACGUAGCGGGUUGUAG